AUGCAUUCUCCAGGGAAACAAGCAAAGCACAAGCGCGCAAGUCUCUCUAACCUCUUUACGGAACUCAAAAUCAACUCUGCCUCUCCUUCUUCCCAUAACAACCUUGCUAAGUCCUUACGCCUGCACAUGAAGUCAACCCUUCGCCUUGGCCGUGGGACUGUUUCCAUUCGCAGCUUACAUGGUGUUCAAGCCCAAUUUACUAUAGCGAUGGAUGAUGCCUAUGAUUACAAAAUAGGCGUCGAUGAUUUUGAUCCAGAAACGGUGUUCCCCGAAAUUUUGACACUCGCAGACCAACUCUCAACCGUCCUCCAAAAGAAGUUAUCACCUCAACAACAAAAUGCCUUUGAAGGUCACAUUUUGAACUGUCUUGCUGCGAUGGUUUACGGAUCAAAUAUGAUUGAACGCGUGGGAAAUGGAUCGGACAUAACAUUCAAGCUCUGCAUGGCAGUUUUUCGAGGAGAGGAAGUGCCAGAAGAAAUUGGAGAGACUGAAGAGGAGUUUUUGGAGUUGAAAAAAAAUCUCCUACGCAAGAACCUCCCAGCAAAUCCCCGUGCAGUCCUUGGCAGUCGUCGUGAAAUCGUCCAGCAUGCGAAAGCUGCUUGUUACAUGAUUCAUCAACUUUGCAUCUGCGACAAAGAUCUCAGUGAAGAGAUCAUUCUCCAAACACACGAAAUUCUCACUUACAAAAUCAACGCCGAAACCACACCAUGGCAAGAAUAUAGUGGUGUCUACCGUACCGACGAAGUCUCUGCUGGGUUCCACUCAUUUCCUCAUCACGGCCUUGUGCCAUACAAAAUGAAGUCGAUGAUACGCGAACUUGAAUCGGAUCUCAAAGAAGCCCUCAAAAGGGGCGCAAUCGACCCUAUCGCCAUCGCCUCAAAGUAUACGCACGUAUUUGUCAAUAUCCACCCUUUCAUCGACGGUAACGGCCGUAUGUGCCGUUUGAUUCUGAACUCAAUGCUCCUGAAGCUUGGAAGUUUCUUGGUGUGCCUUGGGGAGGAUGAGGAGGAACAAAUGCUUUAUCUUGAUGUUGCGUGUAAAGCGGCUGGCCUUGAGGACUUAUAUGGUGAUCUUGACGAGGACGAGAAACCCGUGAUGCACAAAGAGUUGGCGAGCCUGGUUUUAUUUCAUGUUGAGAAAAGUAUGCGCAAGUUGACGCAGAAACUGAAAUAA